CGUAAUAAAGGAUAUAUCGUAAAUAAAUUCUUGGAAAAUUAUUAUCGAAUAAGUUGUUCAAUCGAGAUUAAUUGGGAACGACAGCAUAGCGUUUUUUUCUUUUAUUUCUUACUUUUACUUCAAUCUCGAAUACGAGAUUAAAUCGUACGUGUAGAUAAUCUAUAUCGGAAACUCAAGUGGAUAAGAUUAGAUACGUAAGAUCGAUGAAAAUAAAGUAAAACAUAAAUUUGAAUUUAUUAUUGUAAUGGCUCAACUUAGCCUUCUACCGGCCUCGAAAGCGAAGUUUCAACAGUUGCUCGGAGGAUGGCAACGCGAUACAGGUGUGUUAUCAUUCGAAGGAACAGAAGCUCGCAGCUUGCUGUUUCGCGAACGAGCGUUCGAAUAGCAUUAUUCGAUCCCCCGUGUCGCGCGUUGAAUAAAUAACAAAAACCGGGGUAAAGGAGGAGAAAAAUGGACCAGUCUGAGAAAAAUAUCUUAUUUAAAAGCCCCGCUUUCGUAACACACCGCUUCGGUACAACUUUCAAGGUAUCGUUUCCUGCUUUUCUGUUCGACCGCGAUUCCGUUCGACAUUUUUAGUCUAUCGGCCGUUUAUCUAUUCAAGGCCGUCUAAUGCAAAAUUGAAAGUCAAUUUCGCAACAUCUCGCGCGGAUUGCAUCUUGCACGAUCGAACCCUAAAUCGAAAACGAUUUAUGAUUCCUCUCUUUCUCUCCUCGCCUCUCUCUCUCUCUUUCUUCCCGCAUUGGGGUCAAUGAUUGGUCGCUGCAGGUAAACACACGUGAUAAAGAAACGUUUGGAAUGAUGUAAAGAAAAAAAAACAAAAAAAAAGAAGAAAUAAUAUCUAUAAGCGAGCGUUUAUGUACGAGGUAUGCAAAUAUAUCCACGGCCCCGUUCCCGCCUCGAAAACUUCUGCAACACACGGGCCGCGUUGCGUGCUCGCAUCGAGAUUUCUGAUGCAACAUUGGCGCUGUACGAGUUCAUCGUUUUAGAUCGUUGUCUUGAUUUACGGGAUUCUAGUCCCGACCACGCCCGCCUCGCGACACACAGCCAGACCGGCCGGCCACCAUUGAAACGCGAUUGACACACAUUCGUACACACAGGGUUGAGCGUGACGUGCACAAGUGAGACGUAUACAUAUAUAGAUUGGAAAAUAAGAGUAUAAAAGACAAACUCGAUACCUGGAUUUUCAUCAGUCGCUUGCGAUUUCGAGUUCUAAGAAGCUCAAGCAAAUCAACACAAAAUGAAAUCCCUGUUAAUCCUCUUCGCCAUCGUGGCCGUUGUGGCGGCCUUCCCCGAAUUUGAAAGGGAACGCCGAGGAGUCGUCGCGGCCCCAGCUUUGGCAGCGGUGCCUCUUGCACCCGCUGUUGCUCUCGCCCCUAAAGUCGCUCCUGCUAUCGCUCUCGCACCGGCUCCUAGACUUCUCGCGGCGCCAGCAGUUGUAGCCGCCCCAGGCCCGUGGAAAGCAUGGUAAAUCGUUAUUUAGCAUCUUGGCGUAACUGGACUUUAAGUAUUACAACAAAACAACGAUGAUGGGAAGCUCUUCUCAUUAUGGAAAAUUCGAAUUCGGUUACAUCCCCUUUUAGGCCGCAAUCGAUCAUCCAUAAUCGGCUCUGCACAAGAAAUUAUACACUCCCUUCCCCUUAUUGUAAUUUUAAAAUUUUAUUAUCAGAUAAUAAAACUUUAUUUUAAAAAAAUAAA